AUGGGAGAAAACGCUACAUAUAUAGAAGCUGGAAAUUGCGUAGGAAAGAAAAAGAUUUCCCAAACGGGAAUCAAGGUUAACUGCAAUGGUGGCGAGAAACCAACAUUUGGUUCCCAUAACAUGGGGAUCAUCAACAAAGUUCAGUAUACUUCAGUUGAUGAUAUGUUUUCAGGCGAUUCAUUGUCAGAGUGCAAUUUAUUUUCUGGGAAAUGGGUGUUUGAUAACACGUCUUACCCUCUUUACAAAGAGAAAGAAUGCAAAUUCAUGUCGGAUCAAUUGGCCUGCAACAAGUUUGGAAGGGAGGAUUUGAGCUAUCAGAACUGGAGAUGGCAACCUCACCAUUGUGACCUUCCAAGGUUCAAUGCAACAAGAUUGUUGGAGAGGCUAAGGAAUAAGAGGAUGGUGUUUGUAGGGGAUUCUUUAAAUAGAGGCCAAUGGGUUUCAAUGGUUUGCCUUUUAGAUUCAUCCAUCCAGGAUCCAAACCUCAAAUUCAUGAACUACAAUGGUUCUAAUUUAAUCUCCUUCAAAGCCGUGGGGUACAAUGCAUCGAUCGAGUUCUAUUGGGCACCAUUGUUAGUCGAGUCUAACUCGGAUGAUCCAGUGAACCAUAAGCUACCAGAAAGGAUUGUUCGAUCUCAAUCUAUUGAAAAACAUGCUAGGUUUUGGACUGAUGCUGAUAUACUGGUAUUCAAUUCCUAUCUUUGGUGGAGAAGACCCCAUAUCAAAGUCUUGUGGGGUUCGUUUGAAGAUAAAAAUGGGAUAUAUAAGGAAGUGGAAAUGCUUCGUAGCUAUGAAAUGGCUUUAAAGACAUGGUCGGAUUGGUUGGAGAUUCAAGUUGAUCGAGCCAAGACUCAGUUGUUCUUUAUUAGCAUGUCACCUACUCAUGAAAGGGCCGAGGAGUGGGGUGCAUCCAAUGACCAAAAUUGUUACAACGAAACAAAAUUGAUUACAAAAGAAGGAUAUGCAGAAUACAGGAAAGAAGGACACCCAUCAACUUAUAGAAAACAAUGGGAGACACUUAGUGAAGAACAAUUAUCAAACCCUAGUAGCUAUUCAGAUUGUAUACAUUGGUGUCUUCCUGGUGUGCCUGAUGUGUGGAAUGAGCUUCUUUAUGCUUAUAUAUUUCGACAAUAA